CGGCGGCUCGGGUUUCGGCUGUCUGAGGCGCCGCCGUCGGCCAGCCGUAGCUGCCGCCGCUCCGGCGUCGUCUCCGGGCUCCCGUGCUCCGCGCGAAGCCCUGGCCCCCGGCGGCCGGGGCAUGGGCCAAGGGCACGUGCUUGGGCGGCUACGCGCGAGGCUGUGACCCGCCCCGGCGGCAGCAUGAAGACCCUCAUAGCUGCCUAUUCCGGAGUGCUGCGGGGUGCGCGUCGGGACGAGGCGGCCCGAAGUGAGAGCUCGAAUGGAGGCCGUGCGCUGUCACGUGAGGGGUCCGGGCGAUGGGGUGCGGGCUCCAGCAUCCUGUCCGCCCUCCAGGACCUCUUCUCUGUCACCUGGCUCAAUAGAUCCAAGGUGGAAAAGCAACUGCAAGUCAUCUCAGUGCUCCAGUGGGUCCUGUCCUUCCUCGUGCUGGGAGUGGCCUGUAGCGUCAUCCUCAUGUACACGUUCUGCACCGACUGCUGGCUCCUGGCCGUGCUCUACUUCACCUGGCUGGCCUUCGACUGGAACACACCCAAGAAAGGUGGCAGGAGAUCGCAGUGGGUACGGAACUGGGCUGUGUGGCGCUAUUUUCGAGACUACUUCCCCAUCCAGCUGGUGAAGACACACAACCUGCUGACCACCAGAAACUACAUCUUCGGGUACCACCCCCAUGGCAUUAUGGGCCUGGGUGCCUUCUGCAACUUCAGCACCGAGGCCACUGAAGUGAGCAAGAAGUUCCCCGGCAUUAGGCCCUACCUGGCCACCCUGGCUGGCAACUUCCGGAUGCCUGUGCUAAGGGAGUACCUAAUGUCUGGAGGCAUCUGCCCUGUCAACAGGGACACCAUAGACUACCUGCUGUCAAAGAAUGGAAGUGGCAAUGCCAUCAUCAUUGUCGUCGGGGGCGCUGCCGAGUCCCUGAGCUCCAUGCCUGGCAAGAACGCUGUCACACUGCGCAACCGCAAAGGCUUCGUGAAAUUGGCCCUGCGCCAUGGAGCCGACCUGGUUCCCACCUACUCAUUUGGGGAGAACGAGGUGUACAAGCAGGUGAUCUUCAAGGAGGGCUCCUGGGGCCGCUGGGUGCAGAAGAAGUUCCAGAAGUACAUCGGCUUUGCCCCCUGCAUCUUCCAUGGCCGAGGCCUCUUCUCCCCCAACACCUGGGGGCUGGUGCCUUACUCCAAGCCCAUCACCACCGUCGUGGGCGAACCCAUCACCGUGCCCAAGCUGGAACAGCCAACCCAGCAGGACAUCGACCUGUACCACACCAUGUACAUGGAGGCCCUGGUGAAGCUGUUCAACAAGCACAAGACCAAGUUCGGCCUCCCAGAAACUGAGGUCUUGGAGGUGAACUGAGCCCGGUUCCUGCUCCGCCCCCUGAGGCCAGAACCCGGAAGGAACCGGCUGAGCGAAUCCUUUUCUACCAAGUUCUCAAGUGCUUUCUGUUCUGUAAAUUUAGAAGCGUCAUGGGUGUCUGUGGGUUAUUUAAAAGAAAUUAUAAUUUGUUAAACCAUGAUAA